CUCUCCUGCCCCAUCGCCUGCACCCCACCAUGAAUGCCUGUUUUGAUGGAUAUUUCAUUUAAGCUGAUCUGCUUUGAUUCAACAAACAAAAGGAGCUUUCUCUGUGAUCUGCAUUUUUUUCCUCCUCUUCUUUCCGUCCGCUUUUGUUUUCUUUAAACUUCUCACUCUCUCCCUCUCCCUCUCUUUCUUUGUGGGUUGAGCAGAGCGUUGUGUUCCACACUGGGCUGUUGGUGGCCUGUUGGGACACGUUUGGUACACCUGAGUCACAGAGCAAAUGUUUAACUCAUGCAGGUCCACAAAGAAAACAAACACACAUGCAUACAUGCAUGCACAGCUGGCCAUAUCAGCCUCGCAUCAGGCUUCAAGACAUAAAGAUCUGUACGUUAAAGCAGGCACAUGCAUACAAAGCUCGAUAAAAAACAAAGCAAAAUCAUAUGCCUGCAUAAAUGGCCUCUCAAAUAUACCACACACGAAUCCCCCUCGGUAACCAGGGUGCCUUCCCGUUGCCAAAUUGGAAAUGUAUUUCAUGUUUAUUAAGUUGAAAUGAGACGUUAAUUCCACAAAAAAAAGCAGAAGAGUCAUGCUAGAGCAGCAUCUGAAGAUGUCCCGCUGUUAAAGGACAGCUGUCCAAACAAGGAGAGGGGGGAAAAGAGCUAGAAAAACACAUUAUAUAAACAUUUGACAACAGUUGCUCUGUAAUCUGGUAUUACUUCCACAAGCGGAGGAGAGACCCGUGGUCCUGGGUUGGGCUGGGCUGAAGGGGGACACCACUGCGGUGGGGUUGAAGCCUGGUGUUCUGAAGAGGUCAGUGGCAGAUGAGAGAAAAUGAGGAUUCAUAGGAAUCCCGCUGUGGAGAGUUAAUCAUGUUUGAUGUGCAUGGUUCGUUGUAAAACUGUCCCCACGUGUGAACCGGUAACAAUUACCCACCAAUUGGCUGCUGUGGUUUUCUAGUCCCAUAAAGCUGUUUUUAUUCUAUAUUCCAAAAUACAUUGCACCCACAUCUCCCUAUUUUUAAAGAAAGAUUACACUUCUCAUGUCUCUCUUUCCUUAUAUGCAUUUUUUUUUGUGUGUGUGUAAGAUGAUGGUUAAAUGCUUGGGGGGGUUUCCAGCGUAAAACCUCCCUGGAAAAGAAGGAGGUUUAUGUCCUUGGCCUUGUGGCGGGUGGCAUCCCAGCAUUCCCAUGUACAUUGCAAUUAUCUGUCAGACUGUGAAGGGAAGAAAUGUGCGUGUCUUGCUCUGAUGCAUUUAUCUGUGACCAAAAAGAAAUAGUAGACUACACAUUUAGGUACUAGUAGACUAAAAGUCAGCACAUGUCUUGACACUGAGCCAUAGUGCUCAAGUGGGUAAUACAAAUUUGAAUCUGGCAUGCGACAUUUCUCAUUCCUGUUCCUGUUGUAAAUAGUCACAAAAACAUAAUAAAAACGAAAAAGAAGAAAUAUGCUACUUAUCAGCUAGUGGUGAGGCGGAACAGGCUUUCAUAUCAAAUCUGUGCAGAGGAAGAAAGAGAAAAGCGAUGAGGAAGGUGAUGAGUGGUGGUGAGUUGUACCAGGAUAAAGUAGUUAAAAGUGAGUCAGCUGCUUCUUUGGUUCUUAUCACAGACACGCAAACAUACACAGACUUCCUGUGCCCUGGCUGUCAUCUCUUUAAUAUUGUUUUGGAGCUGUUCAGGUGUGGCUACCUUUGGCAGCAAAACCUAGUGCUUAGGGCAAAUAACAGGCUAGUAGGCAAGGUGCCAGUUCAACUUUGCAAACUUUUAACUUCUUCAGCUAAUUCCUCUCUUUCUCUUUUUCUUUUCUUCACUUCAGUUGUUACAGUCUUCAAACAGAGCUCAAAAAGGACUCUGGGAGAAAAAAAAUAAAAUAAAAAUAACAUACAGCGUGUGAUUCUGUGGGCAUUUAAGUGACUUAGAAAGACAAAACAUAAGCAAGACACUCACACAAAGACACUUUUUUCUCUGAGCUGGCCUCAGUCUUUUUAGGAUGUGAUCUUCCCACAUCAGAGUUCAGAGAGUAGAGGUCACGUCUGGAAUCACUCUCCGUGCUUCAUCUCUUGCUCACAUGUAAGUCAGAAGUUGUAGCAGCCAGAUAUUCUAUCGUGCAAACAAAUAGAUACCUGAGUGCAUUUUCAGUCAGCGUCGGUAAAUCUAAGGAUAUUUUGUCACGGAACAGAGCUGUUGGAAAAAGUGAAGAUGAGCACAGCUGAACAUAGCAAUCUGGCGGCUCAGCACUGAUUCAUUAGUGACUCAUGUGCUUGAUACCAGUAUUCCUGGCUGUUUUUAAAAAUAAACCUCCCUAUUUCUCAACCUCAUCUCGCUGAACUCUUCAUAAUAGAUGAAUUUAUUAAUUCAGCCACCACAGCUUGUCUUGCUCAAUCAUUACUCCGUCCCAGAGUUGAGGAGCCCCGGACUAGAACAAUGCCUGCUUUCCCUCAAAUUCCUGUCAACCAUUCAGAAACCAAGGAGACAGCAGAAAAGAGUAAGAAGGGUUGAGUUGCUACAGAGAGGCCUUGCUUAAGCUACAACCUUCUUUUCACCCUAUUUCCAUGAAAAGAUCAGUUUAAUAAAUGCGUUUUGGUCAGAGCUUUGGCUUAGUGUUUAGAUGGUGCUCAUGCAGGAUAUUUGUUUGAAUUCACUUGUGCAUCUUUCCGCAUUGUUCCCUUUCACUGCCUUUUAAUUUAAAGUAACAAGAAGAGUAACAGUUUAGAAUUGAUGAGAAAAACAGCGGAAAUUUGAACUAUGGCUAAUAAAGAAGUGGAUGGUCUUAUUGUAGUGCAUGCAGGAAUACUGCUUCUCUUGUGUGCUCAAACAAAAACCUGCGGAGGCAAUUGCUUCUUAACUUUCAUAAAGGAUAGAGAAGAGAAACUGCUUUAUUUUGUAUUGUAAACCUUAAUAAUAUUUUCUUAAAAUCAUACCUUUGUGAAAAAGCUAUCAAGGUUGUUCUGUCUUUUGAGAAUGACUCUUUUAUUAACCCUGGUCUGUUUAAGGUUGUAUACAUCCUCAACAUGCGUGUGUAUUUUAUUAUUAGCUUAGUCAUGUGGAUGUUUUUGUUUGCACGGUAGUACAACAGUAAUUAGAAGCUAUAGGGACCGUAUGUGAGUCUUUUUAUUUGCUGGCUGCUGGGGUUAAGCUGUCAUUAUGAAAAUGGCCGUCCUUCCCCUGCCGAUACCUUUCUUCAGCUUUUGUGUGGAGAGCUGUGCUUUAAUUACAGGUCUGUGAGUGAUGUCACUGCUGUGGCGUCUCCUGCCAUUCACCCGGCGCCUCCCCAUUCCCCCCAUACACGUGUGCUUAAACACACACCUGCCCCAGCUGCCCUCCAUACCUACCUCCAUCUCACCCCUGAGUCCUCCUCCGCCACACCGGUGCUCGGAUCUAAACUACUCCCACAUAACCCCAACCCCCACCCACGAUUGUUAAGAGAUGGCUUGAUUAUUUGUUUUGUGAAUGUGGUUAUUUAACUUUCGUCCUCAAGCGGAAGAUAAGGAGUCCUACAACUGUUGUAACAAGAAUGAACUUGUGCCAGAAAGGAAAGAAGUUGGUAUGUACGCAGUUGUUAGAGAAUGACUCUUUCUCAAGGUUUUUUUUUUUUUUUUUUUUUUACUUGUAUGCAUACCUUACACAUGAGUUUUAAAUGUGUGUGAGUAUGCAGGGGACAUGUCUCUGACUGAUUUGGAUUCCCCAAGAGGUUAUUGCCAGAAAGAGCAGAAGAAGAUGAGACACACCACUGAGUGAGGGAACAUUUCAAUGGUGGAACACCAUAGAGGUGAAACGGCUGGAGAAGUAGGAUAAGGGAAUGUUCAAAGCAAAUCAAUGUGGACGUCAUGCAUCAGCACUACACUUGACCUAGGGAAUGCGUUACCUAAAAGGCCACAAAAACCGCCCGGAGACCAUGGAGCUCUUAUCGUAGAUGUUAGAUGACCCUGCUGGAAAAAAGGAGAAGGAUCCAUCAUGAAGUCUAAGAGCCCUGCAGAAAAACAGGAUUGAAGACAUUUUCUCUGCUUUUUCUAUGUGAGGAGAGAGCAAGGGGAAAGAAUGGCCUGGAUGCGAUGAACGCCUCAUGUAGGCAUCAGCAUGGAAAGCUGUGAGUCUCCCGUGGUUUCUGGGACAGACGAUGGGCUUGGCUCCUCCGCCACAUCCCAGCAGCAGCACCAUCCACAACCCUGGAACGAUCACCCUAACACACAGGUCCCACCUUGUAACCAGCCCCCUUCCUUGGAGCCUCUGUCUCUCUCUGCAUCCCACUCAGCCCAGCUCCAGAAUCCUAGCACACCCUGUGAGGCUGUAAGAGAACAGCAGCAGCAAACACUGUCACAGGCUCCCAGCGAUAAUUCCACUACCAGACGGCUACACCCCAAAAGAGAGGGAUUAGAGGAGGAGGAGGAGGAGGGAGUGAGCUGUGGAGAAGAGGACGAAGACUUGGAAGAAUUGGAUGAAAUGGAGAUUGACAGCUGUUUUCCUAGUCUGCAGCCCUUCCCUGGUGUACCUAUGGUGCCAAGUGGAGGGGGCAUGCCCAUGCUCAUGCGGCAACAGCCCUCCCAUCGGAGGGGAGCCACAGAGAGUGGGAGCGAAGAAGGAGAGGAAGAGGAGGAAGAGGAGAGUAGUGAUGUGGAAAACCUGGCUGGAGAGAUAGUCUACCAGCCUGAUGGCUCUGCCUACAUUGUUGAGAGUCUCAGCCAGCUGAUCCAAAGCGAUGGGAGCAUGGAACCAGGCCUGCUCCCUUCAAACUCUCUCCCCAGUGGGGGAAAACCAGAGGAACCUGCGGGGACCUCUUCUUCGGUGUACCCUCAGAUCAUCAACACGUUUCAUAUAGCCUCGUCUUUUGGAAAAUGGUUCGGCUCCUCAGACCAAGGUUUCCCCAAUACCUCAACCCUGGCAGGCCUCAGUCCUGUCCUGCACAGUUUCCGCGUCUUUGAUGUGCGGCACAAAAGCAACAAGGAUUACCUGAACAGUGACGGGUCUGCCAAGAAGUCCUGCGUAUCCAAAGAUGUUCCCAACAACGUGGAUUUCUCCAAAUUUGACGGCCUGGCCCUUUAUGGCAAAGGCAAACCCAUCCUCAUGUGUUUCCUCUGCAAGUUGUCUUUCGGCUACGCACGCUCCUUUGUCACUCAUGCAGUCCAUGACCAUCGCAUGACCCUGUGUGAGGACGAGCGCAGGCUCUUAGGCCACCAGCAUGCAUCUGCGAUUAUACAGGGCAUUGGGAAAGACAAAGAACCACUCAUUAGCUUCCUAGAACCAAAAAAUAAAAACUCUCCUCCACCGCCAACCCUGAUACCCAUGAACUCAGGCCAGAGCUUCUACGGCACGUUCAGUGGGAUUCAUUUAGAAGGGGGCAGCAGUAGUGUGGGAGGUGAUAACCUCAACAAAGACUCUGACACGUGUCUCCAGCAACAAGCCCUCCUCACGCUGGGGGGUCUUGGCAGCCCCAAAACCUCCCAUACCUCUACCCCAGGCCCAGCCAAAGACUCCAACACUCUGUCCAAGCAGGGUAGGAGAACAGAGGGGUCUGUGGGGAAAGAGGGGACUCAUAGAGGGGAGGAUGGGGAUUCAGAAACCUGUGAAAGAAAGGUUCUCUUUCACAGUGAGGAGAUGGUCUCAGAGGAAGAGGAUGAGCUUCUUUUAGAAGAAGAGGAUGAAGAGGUAGAGGACGAAGGCACUGCAGUGGCCUGUAGUGGAAGUAGCAGCAGCGGUGGCGGAUUUGUGGGGGAACUGGCUGUCUCAAACCAAAGCAUCUCCAAAUCUCCUUUAUUAAUGCCUAGUAGCGCUCUCCAGCCUUCUGCUUGUCUCUCUGCAGCCAGUCCUGCACUCAGCAGCAAAGCCUCAGCUUCCAUGUCCUCCUCGUCUGUCAGAGGGUCAGAGGACGGGAUGGCUGCAGACAGUGGAAGGACAACUUCAGAUCUCUCUCUGAGCUUUAACUGCCAGGGGUCUACAGUCCCCGCGGCAAUGGCGGCAGUCGCCGACAGAGGGGGUGAAGAGUAUGGGGCUGCAUGUUCCUCUGAGAGCACAUCCUCCCCUCUUGCAUCCAAUGCUGCUGCUGAGGAAAGUGCCAAUCGAGAUAGUGCCACAGCUCCUGAACCAAAUGAAUGCCCAGCAGAGGGAGAUGAGGACAACAGUGCCCUCCUCCACCACCACCACCUUCACCACCAUCACCACCACACACACCCUUCACCCAAUGCUCACAUGCACCUUCAUCACACAGUUGCUUGUGACAUGUCAGGUAUGAGUGAAUGCACCCAGAACCAUGGGGCUGGGGGCAGUGGAGGGAGUGGGGUGGAGUGCCCGAAGUGUGAUACUGUCCUAGGCUCCUCUCGUUCACUGGGUGGCCAUAUGACCAUGAUGCACUCACGGAAUUCGUGCAAGACACUGAAGUGUCCCAAGUGCAACUGGCACUACAAAUACCAGCAGACCCUGGAGGCCCACAUGAAGGAGAAGCACCCUGACUCUGGAAGCUCCUGUGUGUACUGCAGCAGUGGACAGAGUCACCCUCGCCUUGCCCGUGGGGAGAGCUACACUUGUGGCUACAAGCCCUUUCGCUGUGAGGUCUGCAACUAUUCCACUACCACCAAAGGCAACCUAAGCAUUCAUAUGCAGUCUGACAAGCAUCUUAACAACAUGCAGACAUUACAAAAUGGAGGAACUAUUCCAACCGCUGGUGAACAGGUGUUUGGGCAUGCACCUGGAGGGGUGGUACCUGUUUCUUCUGCUACCCAGGCCAGCAGCCAUCAUCCUAGUCACCACCAUCAUCCAGUGCAGUCCUCCACCCACAUGGCAGGGCCCUGUGGUGCCCCUUCACCUACCAAGCCAAAAAGCAAGCCCACCUGGCGGUGUGAGGUGUGCGACUAUGAGACCAAUGUAGCACGUAACCUGCGCAUCCACAUGACAAGCGAGAAACACAUGCACAACAUGAUGCUGCUUCAGCAGAACAUGACCCAAAUGCAGCAUGGCCGGCUUGGUCUAAGUGCCAUGCCUUCACCCUCAGAGGCUGAGCUGUACCAAUACUACUUGACCCAAAACAUGAGCCUGCCACCGGGCCUUAAGAUGGACCCAUCUGGAGCUGAUGCCCAGUUCUUGCUUGGAGGUUUUCAUCUGGACCCCAACAUGGCGGCUAUGGCCCCAGCACUAGUUGGAGGGGACAUUGCAAUGGAUUUACGCCUGGGUGGGGGACAGCUGGUCUCAGAGGAGCUGAUGACCUUGGGUGAAAGCCUAUCCCAGACCAGUGACCCCUCCCUCAAGCUCUUCCAGUGCGCUGUGUGCAACCGCUUCACUACCGACAACCUGGACAUGCUUGGCCUGCACAUGAGCGCCGAGCGCUCGCUCCCAGAGGAGGAGUGGAGAGCGGUGGUGGGCGACUCGCACCAGUGCAAGCUGUGCCACUACACCACACAGCUCAAGGCCAACUUUCAGCUGCAUUGCAAGACUGACAAACAUGUGCAGAAGUAUCAGCUGGUGGCACACAUCAAGGAGGGCGGCAAGGGCAAUGAGUGGCGCCUCAAGUGUGUGGCCAUUGGCAACCCUGUGCACCUCAAAUGCAAUGCCUGUGACUACUAUACCAACAGCCUGGAAAAACUGAGGAUGCACACGGUCAACUCCCGCCAUGAGGCCAGUCUCAAGCUGUACAAGCAUUUGCAGCAGCAUGAGAAGGCUGUGGAGGGCGAGUCGUGCUACUACCACUGUGUUCUGUGUAACUACUCCACCAAGGCCAAGUUGAACCUCAUCCAGCACGUCCGUUCCAUGAAGCACCAGCGCAGCGAAAGCCUGCGGAAGCUGCAGCGCCUGCAGAAGGGCCUGUCUGAGGAAGAGGAGGAGUUGAGUGCCAUCUUCACCAUUCGUAAAUGUCCGUCUGCCGACACAGGAGAGCUGAGUGAGGAUGUGGAGGCUGCCAGUGAGACCACCACAGAUCAGGAGGACCAAACCAAAGACAGAGAGAGUGGGGGGGAGAGGGAGCUCACCAAAGGGACAGCAUCCAACCAAUCGGAGAGGGAUCAGACGGAUUCCCCGGUCCCUUCCAAGCGGCCUUCUUCAAGGUCCGAGGCAGCAGAAAGCCCACUCUCGUCGAAACGACCCAGGACCACUGAGAAGAGCAGUGGAGAGCAGAUGUACCAGUGCCCCUACUGCAAGUUCAGCAACACAGAUCUGAACCGGCUCAGAAUGCACGUGAUGACGCAGCACUCAGUGCAGCCCAUGUUCCGCUGCCCGCUGUGCCAGGACAUGCUCAACAACAAGGUCCACCUGCAGUUCCAUCUCACUCACCUCCACAGCGUGGCACCAGACUGCGUCGACAAGCUAAUUGCCACAGUGGCAGCAUCAGAAGUACUGCCAGCAAGCAUUUUCAUACCAGUCCCUGGACCAGAGAAGGAUACUCAAACUGCACCUCAGUCCAUGGUCAACUCUGAUGACAUUAAGAAACACACAGAGGUGGCAGAUGUUGAGCCUGAAAAAGGAGUUUGUCUGGCCUCAGACACUGCUGAAGCUCGCAAGUCUCCUCUUGAGGAACAACAGUCUGCAAGAGAUGAUUCCACUGGUUUCCUCUGCUGGAAAAAGGGCUGUAACAAAGUCUUUAAAUCCUCCAAUGCCCUUCAGAUGCACUUCAAUGAGGUCCACAAUAAAAGGCCCCAACUGCCUGUCUCUGACCGUCAUGUCUACAAAUAUCGCUGCAACCAGUGUAGUUUGGCAUUCAAGACAAUAGAGAAACUUCAGCUACAUUCCCAAUACCAUGUAAUCAGAGCAGCUACAAUGUGCUGUUUAUGCCAGCGUAGUUUCAGGACCCUACAGGCACUUAAGAAGCAUCUGGAGACCAGUCACCUGGAGUUGAGUGAAGCUGACAUCCAGCAGCUCUAUGGAGGUUUACUGAUGAAUGGAGACCUAAUGAUUAUGGGUGAUCCCUCACUUGGAGAGGACCAGGGAGCUCUUCUUGAUGAUGAGAAAGAGGGAGACGAAAGUGACCCUGAGGAAAAGCAAAGCCCAACUGGCAGUGACUCUGGAUCUUUGCAAGAAGAAUCUGGAUCUGAACCCAAACGAGCCCUGCCAUUUAGGAAAGGCCCCAACUUUACAAUGGAGAAGUUUCUCGAUCCAUCCCGUCCUUUCAAGUGUACAGUCUGCAAAGAGUCAUUUACACAAAAGAAUAUUCUUCUUGUACACUACAACUCUGUGUCUCACUUACACAAAGUCAAAAGGGCCCUACAGGAAUCCACCACCGGUCAGCCAGAGCCUACAAGCAGCCCUGAUAAUAAACCCUUCAAGUGCAGCACUUGUAAUGUAGCAUAUAGCCAGAGCUCUACACUGGAGAUUCACAUGCGCUCUGUUCUUCACCAAACCAAGGCCAGGGCAGCAAAGCUUGAAGCAGCUGGCGGCACAUCUAGUGGUGUUAGCAGUAGUGGCCCAAGUGGAAGCACUUCCAAUAGCACUUCAACCCCAAGCCCUGUUCCAGCCACUAACUCAACUACCAGCUCCAGCAACAGCAGCAGCUCUCCAGCUGGAUCUCAAACAGCACAGAGCAUCAUGGGAGGUAACCAUCUGUCAAGUCAUUCUCACAAUGUUGAGAAUUUGGGUAACUCAGCUUGUCAUCCCUCUCCUUCUGAGAAUCAUGAAGUGAAAAAGAAGAGAUUUGCAGAUAUGCUAUCUUCGAGGAGUCAUCAGCAACAACUCCAGCAACAGCAGCAGCAGUUGGCCCAGGCUCAAGCACAGGCACAGGCUCAGUUCCAACAAGAGCUCCAGCAGGCUGCUCUCCUUCAGUCCCAGCUUUUUAACCCUCUUCUCCAGCACUUCCCUAUGACAACAGACGCUCUUCUCCCUCUUCAGCAACAGCAGCUGCUCUUUCCAUUUUACAUUCCUGGGGCAGAAUUUCAGCUGAAUCCAGAAAUGAACCCGAGUAGCUCUUCAUUAAACUUGAGUGGAUCUACUUCUUCACUAUUGGAAGAUCAGAAAAACUCUGCCCGGCAGGCAGAGCAAAGCUGCUUACAACAACAGCUUAUGCACCACCACCUUCAGCAACAGCACCAAGCUCAUUCCCACUCCCAAGGAUCAAGCCAAAUGGCUUUACUUCAGCAGAGUGCCCUUUCUCACCCUGUAGACAAAAAGCCAAAGCCAUCUCCUCACACUGAGAAAGAAAGAGAGCUCCCAAAGGAUAAAGAAAUUAGUGAUAAAGCUGAGGAUCAUGUUCCAAAAGAUAUGUCAGACAAGUCAAAAGAAAAGAAAGAUGCUCCUCAAGCUGUUGUAAAUGUGAACCAUGACUCUGGAUUUCCUCCUCCAAGGAUUGCCUCAGAUGCCCGAGGGAAUGCCACCAAAGCCCUACUGGAGAAUUUUGGCUUUGAGUUAGUAAUUCAGUACAAUGAGAACAAACAAAAAGCACAAAGAAAGCCAACGGGAUCUUUGUCAGGAUGCAGUAGGCCAGCUGGUAUCACCAGAGUGGUUGACCCCAUUGAAGGAUUAGAGAAACUGGAGUGUGAGUCUUGCGGUAAGUUCUUUUCCAACAUAUUGAUUCUCAAGAGUCAUCAGGAGCAUAUCCACCAGGCUUUCUUUCCAUUCAGAUUCCUAGAGAGAUUUGCCAAAGAGUACAGAGAACAAUAUGACAAGCUGUACCCAUUGAGACCUCAGACACCUGAAGCUGCUCCACCUCCUCCACCACCCCCACCCCCACCUCCGCCUCCCCAGAGGGUACCAACACCAAAUAUACCUGUUUCUGCUCCUUCCCUGACACCACCAACUGCUCCAACCCCUCAGCCUCCAGUUCCACUGGCCCAAAUUCCAAUGGCAAUGGAUCUCCCUCUUUUCUCUCCACUUAUGAUGCAGCCCAUGUCACUCCAGUCAUUACCUUCUCAGAUUCCUUCCCAACUGCCAGCUGUGGAGCCCAGUCUGGCCACUGAUCUGGCCCAGCUCUACCAACAGCAGCUUACCCCUGCCAUGUUGCAGCAACAGAAUAAGAGACCCCGCACCCGUAUCACAGAUGACCAGCUAAGGGUGCUCCGCCAAUAUUUCGAUAUCAACAACUCUCCCAAUGAGGACCAAAUUAAGGAAAUGGCAGAUAAAUCAGGACUUCCCCAGAAAGUCAUCAAGCACUGGUUCCGCAAUACACUCUUUAAAGAGCGACAACGCAACAAAGACUCACCUUAUAAUUUUAACAACCCUCCAAUUACAACUCUUGAAGAUACCAAAAUUGAUUCAAAGCCACCCUCCCCUGAGCCUCAAAAGCCAGAAUCAUUUGGAAAUAAGAGGUCCUCAAGGACAAGGUUCACAGACUACCAGCUGAGGGUAUUGCAGGAUUUCUUUGAUGCUAAUGCUUAUCCUAAAGAUGAUGAAUUUGAGCAGUUAUCCAAUCUUCUGAGCCUUCCAACUAGAGUCAUUGUUGUGUGGUUCCAAAAUGCCAGACAGAAAGCCCGUAAAAAUUAUGAAAAUCAAGGAGAUGGAGGAAAAGAAGGUGACCGACGUGAGUUAUCUAAUGACCGAUACAUUCGUACUACCAACUUAAACUAUCAGUGCAAGAAGUGCAGCCUGGUUUUCCAGCGCAUAUUUGACCUCAUUAAACACCAAAAGAAGCUCUGUUACAAAGAUGAGGAGGAAGACGGGCAGUAUGACAGUUUAAAUGAGGACUCUUUGGAUCUCUCUCAUGAAUACUAUACUCCAUCUGGGUCAUCAGGUCAAACACCAGUGCCCUCAUCUUCAAGCCUCUGCCCUCUUCCCCCUUCAUCCUCUGCAUUCUCUCACAUCACAUCAUCUGAAAACGAGGAGCCUACACCAGCUAACACAUCAAAUUCUUUUGAUGAAAAAUCAAAACACACUUCAGAAGCAUCAUUUGCCCAAAGAGAUCAGACAUCUUUGAAACAGGAAACCAUUCAUCCAUCUGAGACUCCACAACAGAGACCACAAAGAGAGGAAAAGACACAUACAGUCCCAAAGAAUUCAAAGAUUUCUUCACCUUCCCUGUCCCAACAGCAACAACACAGUGGUCCCUCUAUUUCACAUACCAGUCAGACCUCCCAGAGUUCCCACAUGGCCCUUAAUCCUCAUUUAGCCUCUGCCUCACAGCAGCAGUUGGCCCAGCAAAUGAUCCCAUACCAAUGUGAGCAGUGUAAACUUGCUUUCCCUUCAUUUGAACACUGGCAGGAACACCAGCAACUGCAUUUCCUGAGUAUCCAAAAUCAGUUCAUUCAUCCACAAUUUUUGGAUCGCCCAAUGGACAUGUCCUUCAUGUUGUUUGAUCCUAGCAAUCCUCUGCUUGCUAGCCAGCUCCUUGCAGGAGCAAUACCUCAAAUGUCCAGCAACUCUGCCACCUCCCCAUCAACACCUACAUCCACUAUGAACUCCCUGAAGAGGAAACUGGAGGAGAAGGCAGGAACUAGUCCAGGAGAAAGUGACAGCAUGAAUAGUGGAGAGGAGCCACAACGAGACAAGCGCCUCCGAACCACUAUUACACCAGAGCAACUAGAGAUUCUGUACCAGAAAUAUUUGCUUGACUCCAAUCCUACUCGUAAAAUGCUUGACCACAUUGCUCACGAAGUGGGGCUUAAAAAACGAGUGGUACAGGUAUGGUUCCAAAACACAAGAGCCAGAGAAAGAAAAGGUCAGUUUCGGGCUGUUGGGCCAGCUCAAGCCCACCGGCGCUGCCCAUUUUGUCGCGCUCUAUUCAAAGCUAAAACUGCCCUCGAGGCCCAUAUUCGUUCACGCCACUGGCAUGAGGCUAAACGUGCUGGUUACAACCUAGCGCUUUCCGGUAUGCUACCUGAACAGGAGGCCAUGCAGUUGAAGAUGGAUCCUCUGGAUAUCUCCAGCUAUGCUCAUCUUGCCCAGUCUAACAAUGAUGUGCAAAGUUCAUCACUGUCACCUGUGAGCAAAAGCAUGGACUUGUCUCCCAGGGCUCUCCUGAGCCCAACAUCUAUCAAGGUUGAGGGAGUAGAGGAAUUUGAAAGCCCAACCAUUUCCUCAGUAAACACAAACUUUGAUCAACAUAAACUUGAUAAUGAUGAUUGUUCUUCUGUGAAUACAGCCAUCACUGACACUACCACAGGUGAUGAGGCAAACAUUGACAAUGACAGUGCUGAUGCAAAGCACAGCCAUAACAGUGGAGAUUUUCUCUCUAAGUCUGGGGGUGCAGUCCCCUCCAUUGAGAACGAUGAACAGAUGUCCUCAGGACUGGUGAGCCCCGCAACAAGCUUCUACACAAAAGACUUUGAAAAUGAAAAUAUGAUAGACUACAGUGAAACAUCUAGCCUGGCCGACCCUUGUUCACCAAGUCCAGGAGCCUCUGGGAGCAGAAGCAUUGAUAGUGGAGACAGGCCUGGUCAAAAGCGCUUCCGAACACAGAUGACUAAUCUUCAGCUUAAGGUGCUCAAGUCCUGCUUCAAUGAUUAUAGGACUCCAACCAUGCUGGAGUGUGAGGUACUUGGCAAUGACAUUGGACUUCCAAAGAGAGUUGUUCAGGUCUGGUUUCAAAAUGCUCGUGCUAAGGAAAAGAAAGCUAAACUCAGCAUGGCUAAGCACUUUGGUAUCAACCAGACUUCUUACGAGGGACCUAAGACAGAAUGCUCUUUGUGUGGUGUUAAAUACAAUGCUCGCCUGUCAGUGCGAGACCACAUCUUUUCCCAGCAACACAUCUCCAAAGUAAAGGAUACCAUUGGAAGUCAGCUCGAUAAAGAGAAAGAGUACUUUGAUCCAGCGACGGUUCGUCAGCUGAUGGCACAGCAGGAGAUGGAUCGUAUAAAAAAAGCAAAUGAGGUCCUGGGACUAGCACAACAACAAGCCAUGCAGCAACAAGGGAUGUUUGACACACCUGCCUUGCAAGCCUUGAACCUUCAGUCAGGUUACCCAAAUCUGCAGGGGAUCCCCCCUGUUCUCCUGCCAGGUGUUGGUGGUCCCUCAAUACCAGGCUUUAACUCAUCCAACUCUGCUGUAACCCCUCCGAAACCUCCAAACCUCCUGAACAUGCCUGGUGCCAGUGUACCCUCACCAAGUCUCCCCACAUCUGGUUUACCCAACAAGACCCCUUCCUCCUCUUCUUUGGCCUCACCCAGCCCAGCUCAGGCCAGCACAUCUGUCGCCCACUCAAGCCCUUCCCCCACAUCUACAUCAAACUCUUUGAUGACCCAGCCAGGCCCUCGUCCUGAAGCUCCCAAAGAUCGUGAUCCUGAGAGGGCCAGGGAGAAAGAGAAAUCCAAGGAGAAGACUGAGAAGCCCCCCACACCAUCCUCAGCUGGGGGUACUUCUGCUCCCUCCACUUCUGCUGCCAGUGCCAAGAAAGAAAAACCAGACACCGCUGUUCCGGCCACCUCGAUGCCAACACCUGGCAUGGAGUAUGUGGUCGAUACUGCCCAACUUCAAGCUCUACAAGCAGCUUUAGCUUCAGAUCCAACAGCUCUGCUAACAAGUCAGUUCCUGCCCUACUUUAUGCCUGGCUUCUCUCCAUAUUAUGCCCCUCAGAUACCAGGUGCUCUUCAAGGUGGAUAUCUUCAGCCCAUGUAUGGCAUGGAAAGUCUUUUCCCCUACAACCCAGCUUUAUCACAGGCCCUGAUGGGGCUGUCACCAGGAUCUCUGCUUCAACAUUACCAGCAAUAUCAGCAGAGCCUGCAGGAGGCACUUCAGCAGCAGCAGAGGCAGCUUCAGCAGAUCCAGCAACCCAAAGCAAACCAAACUUCACAAAACUCGGUGGACCGUAAGGACUCUGUCAAAGAUCCAAUAAAAACAGAAGAGAAAAAGAGCACUCCCUCAUUUGAAGCCUCUUCCACUUCCACUCACAACAACCUAGCCACUGGGCAGCAUGAAGUGGAUAGCAAAGGUACAGACCCCCAUCUUGACCAAUAUAUCAUCCCCAGAGUUCAGUAUCGGCUGGCGUGCCGCAAGUGUCAAGCUGUCUUCAGCAAGGAGGAAGCGGCUAUCAGCCACCUCAAGUCAAUUUGUUUUUUUGGUCAGUCUGUGGCAAACCUGCAAGAGAUGUUACUUCGGGUCCCCAACAGUGGGAAUGCAGCAGAGGUCAGUCUCUAUGACUGCCUCGCCUGUGACACCACACUAAAAGGGGACAAAGCGCUCCGUCAACACCUGGUUUCAGCCUUGCACAAACACAGAACAAUCAAGAGAUCCAGAAAUGCCAAAGAGCACGCUACUAAUUUAUUACCUCACUCUUCAGCCUGCUUCCCCAGUCCUAACACCGCAUCUACCUCGCAGUCUGCCACUCACUCAAACAACACCCCAUCCCCUCCGCCAACAACUUCAACCACCACACCAUCCUCAUCUGCGUCUGCAUCUUCAUGCACAUCCUCCUCCUUCACAGCCACUCCACUCAACACAACAGCUACAGGCAAAUCAUGGUCCCAGACCCCUUUCUCCAGAGCUUUAGCUGGGAAGUCCAAUCCCCCUUCGUCUGCAUUGUCUUCUUUUCCUCCAGUUUCCUCUCCUUCAACGGUUACCUCAAGUUCAUUGAGCACCUCAGGGGUCCAGACCUCGAUACCAACAGACGUCUUUUCCGACGAGUCUGAUUCUGACAGCAGUCAGAAGUCAGCAGACAGGCUGGGCAGGCCAGCAGAGGAGCCACAACAAAUUGGCUGUCUCAAAGACAGCAGUAGUUGUAGUAGUAAUGUCGCUAGUGUAGGAUCGGACUCCAUCAGAUUGUAAAAGCUUUCAGUGAUGAACAAUAUUUUAAAAAAGAAAAGAAAAAGAAAAAAAAAACAGAAGACAAAAGAAAAAAAAACAAAGAAAAAAAGCAGCAAUGUUUAAAAUAUGUUUAAAGUAUACAAACCAAUUUCAGAAAAAAGAUGUGUAAAGACUAACUGCAAUUCCAAAGCUUGUAACCAAAAAUUUAAAUGUUAGUGGAUUGUUUUCCCAUAUCAACAUGCUGGUUUUAGUUUAUUACAACUCUUAAUAUAUAUAUAUAUAUAUAUAUAUAUAUAUAUAUAUAUAUAUAUAUAUAUAUAUAUAUAUAUAUAUAUAUAUGAAUAGAGAUCACAUCAGUUAACAGUCAAAGUUAUUUGAAUGGUCCCACAAUUCUCUCUACAAAGAACGAGUCAACAAAUGUCCCUUAUUUGCAUAAGUAUUUCCACUUAAUAGCACAGUCACAUAAAGCCAGUAUGUACUGUAUGGGAGAAUAGUCUUACAGUUUUCUUGCUAUCUAAGCAUUCAGAUACCAAUGGCUUGCUAAAGAAAAGAAAAAUAAUGUAAUGUCUAUUUUAUUCUCAGGUCAACAGCUCACAACCUUUUCUUGUGUUACA